AUGGAAAACCAAAGAAAUAGAAAUAACAGAGAUCAAGUGGUCCAUACUUCAAAUAAUUAUAGAAAGACCCCAUCUGUUGAUUUCAAAAGGUCAGAUAAUGGCUACUCCAAUGGAAGUAGUUACAAAUCCAAAGAUCAUUCAAACUCAGCUUACAAAAAAGACACUACUAAUUCGAUUAAAACUCCAAAUUUAAACAUCCCUUAAAACUCCUCAAAUGGAAUUAACGGAAGUAGUAUUCAUUUAUAGGAUAGUACUAAGUCUAAUGCUAAUGAAAUGAUACUCCCUCCAUUACCUGAAAAGCCUAAAAGCAAAAUUUACUCACCCUCAGGCAAAAGUGUCAAAAUCAUCAGAAAAGAAAAUUAUUAGGACUCUCAAACAAAAUCUGGCAAUGAAUUCAAAAGCAGCUUGACUAUAAUCUCGUAACAAGGCAGCACCUAAACUUACACAUCACAGAGUAGUCAAAAUACCAAAAGUAGCAGCAUUGAAGACCUAAAGAGAAGAAUAAUUAAGAUCACCUCAAGUAAUAACAAGAGGGUUGAGAAUAACAAAAGUCAGAGGGAUAUUCACAGCACUUAUGAGUCGAAAGACAAUUUAAGCUAAAGUAAUCUCAAAGAGGAGGAAGUCCCUAUAAUCAAAGAUAUCGUGGUCCCUAUAGUUAAAGAUAAUUAAGUAAUAGCAGGUCCAACUAAGCCAAGUAAUAAUCAAGAAAGAAAUUCUUAGAGUAGCUAGUAGUAAUAAUAAAAGCAAAUUUCAAAAGCUGAGGAAAGGAAGAAUAAAAAGAGAAAUGAGGAUAACACGAAGGUUAUGCCUUAAAAUGAUAAUUAAGUAAAGAAUAAGGCUACUGUAAUAACUUAAGGAGAUAAAAAAAAGAAUAACGCUAACAAAAAUAAACGAUCAAGAUCAAGGUCUCUUGAUAAAAGAAAUAAAACUCAAAAUGGUUAAAGCAAUUAGAGAGAAAGUAAAUUAGAUAAUAUUAGCCAUAAGGAUUAGAAAAAUACUGAGAGAGUUACAAAGUCUGGUAGUAAUUUAAAUAGUGAGAAAUUUCAACUAGCAAAAGCCAGAGAACUCAUAAAGUUAAAAGGGAAAAUAGAAGUAGAUCAAGAAGUAAAAAUAAUCACAGGGGAACCAAAACAAAAAGAGGAUGCCCUUAAAGAGAAAGAAAUUUUGAGAAAGGCUAGCAAAAAAGGAGCUAAAAUAGAUGUUAGGCUUUUUGUUGGCUAGGUACCUAAAACUUGGGAUGACUCAAAAGUCAUGAGCUAUUUCAAGAGAAUGGGUAGCAUUCUUGAAGCUAAGAUAAUUAGAGAUAAAAAUGAUAACAGUCACAAGGGUUGUGCCUUUUUAAGAUGUGUAAACUUUCAUGAAGCAGAGUUCAUCCUUAAAGUGCAUAAGGUUUCUAAGAAGCAUAGCAAUAAAUCAAAAGACUAAUAAGCUUCAAGGACAAGAUAGAGAUCUAGAUCCAAUAGAAGAAAUAAUAGAAAUAACCGAAAAAGCAAGUCACCCAUUGAUAAAACCAUCAAACGAGAAAAUUCAUAGAGAAGUGCAAGGAGUAGUAGUAGUUAUAGUGAUGACUCUAGUAGUAGCGACGAUGAUUCAUCUUAUUUUGAUGAAAAGUCUAAUAAAAUCAUGAACAAAUUAUAAGUCAGAUAUGCAGAUGGUGAAUUAGAAAGAUUGGGAAUAGUAAACCUUGAGAAAACAGAGCAAUCAAAACUCUAUAUUUGUCACAUUUCGAAAGACAGACAAACACAUGAGAUCAAUAAAUUGUUCGCAAUAUUUGGGGAUAUUGAGGAACUCUAUAUGUUUAGAGAUUCAGAUGAAUCUUUCAAAGGAAGCUGCUUCAUUAAAUUUUCAAUGAGAAAGUAGGCUAUCAAAUCAAUUUUGAAGCUCAAUUAGAAAUCAUAAUAAGAUCCAUACUUGAAAUCAUUUCCUGGAUUUAUUGAAGAAAACCAAGUCCUAGAGGUAAGAUUUGCAGAUAAAAAGAGAAAAGACAACAUUCCUCUGAGUUUAAUACCACCUUCACUUCUAGGCUUCAACAGCCAAGACCCAAACUCUAUAAUGGGAAAGCUAGAUAUUUUGAGUUAGUAGUAGAUGCUAAAUAUGAUGAUGAUAAUGCCAUAAAACAUGAAUGCAUCUCUCAAUAGUCACACAAUGAACUAACCUACCUCGAGCUCUAAUAGCUCGGGCAACAAUAAAAAUAGCAAGAGUACUGCCAGCUUUGCUGGAAUAAGUCAAAUCCCUACAAACUAAUUGGCUUCACAUCAAUCAAUGCUUCAUCCAACUGUAACUAGCUCUUUACCAAACUAAUUAAUAAACCCUAUCGAAUAUCAAUAGAAAAUGAUAAAUAUGAUGAGUGGUCACUCACCCAUAGACGCAAUGCAAUUUGGCAUGAACUUUUUUCAAAUGAUUCCAACAAAGCCAGGCAAAAGAACUUUUUUGGAAUGUAUAAGUAUUGAUGGCAAAACUUAUUAUUUCGAUAUGUAAAGAAAUUUAUCUCAAUGGGAAAAACCAAAGAACACCUCUUAGCAAGAUUAGGAUGUAGUUAUUAUGUCAACUAAAGAAGUUUAAGAACUCUAUUAAAACUAUCUUGCUUUGUAAUUUAGCUAUGGAAUGCCACUAACAACAGGGCUAAACCCAGUACUAGGUUAAAAAAUGUUUGGAAUGCCUCUAGGAAUGAGUACUAGUCCAUUUAUGGAUGCAACUUUAAAAUAAACAGAUCAAGCUAUGAAUAGCUGUAAUGAUAUUUUUGGAUAGCAGUUAUCAUAAAAUGAUAAUUCAAUAGGAGCUAUUAAUGGAAAUAAUAAUGUUGAUUAGUUAGAUCCUAGCAAUACAAAUAACGCAGUGGGUUAGGGUUAAUAUAAAUAAGGACCAGCAGGAGCUAAUUUGUUUAUCUUUCAUCUUCCUAAUGAAUGGACUGAUGUAGAUCUUUAUGUGUUUUUCGAUGCCUUUAAGCUAGGAAAUAUAGUUAGUGUAAGAAUAAUGACAGAUAAAGAAACUGGCCGCAGUAAAGGCUUUGGUAAAAUUUAGUCAAUGCUAACAAAUAAUAGGUUUCUUAUAAAUGGAAAGUAAGCUCUGGGUAAAAGGUUGAAGGUUGAGCUUAAAAAGGGAGGAAUGCAUUUACCACCUCAAGGUCUUAAUGCUACCUAGUUCCAAUAAAUGCAAGGCAAUAAGUAAAUGGUUAAGACUGAACAACCGACUAAUUAGUAGCAAAUUUGCAGUAACUCAGGAGAAAAUAAUGAUAAAUAUUCUUCUAAAAACCUAAAUAACAUGAUAUACGAGGCAAUAAAUGUAUAAGGAAUGGAUAAUGCCUUUUACUAGAGUUGA